AUGGCAACGAGUACUGUAAGGGCGAUGUCAGUACCUCAUUCCAAUAGCAGCGCCUCGGAUCGCAUCGAAAAAGAAGCGCACCUCGGGCAUGCAACCACUACCAUCUCUCUUACUCCGGAGCAGUUUGAGAAACUGUACUUGUCGCCAAAGACACCGCGUGCAAGUCAGAAUGCCACCAGAUUUGCGAAUGCUGCGCCUCUCGGCUUCUUAGGAUUUGUGAUUUCAACCUUUACCUUCUCCAUGGUACUGAUGGGAUGGGGUGGUGCAAAUGGACUCCAAGCCGUCGUCGGUAUUUUCUUCUUCACUGGACCAGUUCUCCUACUCCUCAGCACCAUCUUUCUCUGGAUUCAAGCGCAAACAUUUUUCAUGCUCGUCUGCGGUCUCUUCAGUGUCUUCUGGCUUUCCUUCGGCAUGCUCCAACUCCCGACACUCGGCCUCGCAGCAUCUUACUCGUCUGCCGGAAAUGCUGCAGAAGGCGCCGUCAGUGAAGCGAUGAACGCGACCAUUGCGUUGUAUCUGCUGGUCUGGGGCUUCGCUCUCGGUACCUUUUUUAUGUUUGCAAUCCGGAUCAACGUGGUUCUUGCGGGAAUAUUUGGGUUUGUGACAAUAGGGGUCUGGAUAUUGAGUGGCGCAUAUUGGGCUCUAAGUGACGGGAAGUUUUCUAAAGCGUUAAAACUGCAAAAGGCUGGUGGUGCACUGAUAUUCGUAGUAGCCGUGCUUGGAUGGUACAUGUUCGUCGUGAUAUUGGCGGCGGAGAUGCGAUGGUCAUGCUCUCUUCCUGUUGGAGACCUUAGCCACUACUGGGAGAAUACAGACGUAGAGCUUGGAGAGAGGUCAGCGGAGAAGAAAGAGUAG